CGCGAGUCACCUUGAUAGUUGACCAUUUUUUCCCCCCCGUUAAGCGGUAGACUCACCACCAUGGGCUUUCUUCUCUCCAAGUCCAUGGAUGCAAACUUGAGAAAACAGCAGGAGUUUAUGUUGCAUAAUUCAAGACUACAGCUGGAGCGUCAGAUGAUGAUGCAGAACCAGAUGAGGGAGCGACAGAUGGCGAUGCAGAUUGCCUGGUCCAGAGAGUUUGUCAAGUACUUCGGCACCUUCUUCGCUGUGGUAUCCACCGGCCUCACCCUUGGUGCCCUAAGAAGGAAGACACCAGCCCUGAUGGCCCCUAUCUUGCCGCUCGGUUUCAUAUUUGUCUAUCAGAUGGACAAUGCCUAUGGGACACUUAUUCAUCGAAUUAGAGGGGAGGCUGAGUGUAUCAUGACGUCCGAAAACGACCGUCUGGACUUGCCUCACGGAGCUCCAACCUUCGAUAGCAUAGAGAAGGCCCGACGCUCGAAAAGCAGCCUCACCUCCUUCUUGGAGAGAUAAUGCCUUUCUUUGUCCACCACAAAACCGUCCAUUGUUACCUACCUUUUAAUGCUUUGGGGUCCUACGAUGGACAGACAGAUUAUUAUUUUUGAGAUUUGCAAGAACUAAGUGCAGUGCAAAACUUGUCCUGCAUUGAACGUUCAUCGUGCCCACAACUGCUCUAUAUCAACUUUAAACCUGCUUGGUGCUGAUCAACUUGAUUCAAGGGGCCUUUGGUGCACUGUUUUUUCCUAUUCAUGAGACUGCUAUUUUUUUUUUUUUUUU